AUGUUAGUUGUUUCGACCAUUUCUUUUAGAUUCAACAUUUGUGGGGAGUAUAAUAGAAUCAUGAAAGCCAAAAAGGGUCUUAGAAAAGGGGAUCCUAUCUCUCAUUUUCUCUUUGUGGUGGUGAUGUAUCUCCAUAGAAGUUUGCACAAGAUUAGUAAAAUUCCUGAUUUCAACUUCCAUGCUAAAUGUGAAAAACUCCAAAUUAUUAAUGUGAGUUUUGCUGAUGAUCUGUUGAUAUUUGCUCGAGAGGACACGAAAUCUGUUGAGUUGCUCGUGAAUAAGAUGGUUGAAUUCUCUCAUGCUACUGGCUUAUAUGUGAGCCUGGAUAAGUAUAAAGCUUACUUUAGAGGUGUUGGUAGUUGUGUCAAAUUUGGUAUCAUGCAGAUUACCUCUUUCUCUGAAGGCGAGCUGCCUUUCUGUUACCUCAGUAUUCCUCUCAAUAGCAGGAAUUUAUCCAAUAAUCAUUAUAUGGGGUUGAUUGAUAGAAUAAUGUCACGUAUUAAGCAUUAA